UUAGACAUUAGUAACUUGGUGCAACAGAUCACAUGGUCUGUGUUUGGUAGAUAUUAAACAUUAGUAACUUGGUGCAACAGAUCACAUGGUCUGUAUUUGGUAGAUAUUAAACAUUAGUAACUUGUGGAUAAUUUCUUGUCUUUUUCUGUUCAAUAUGUUUCUUUAAAUAAUGUGACACUAGUAUGUUUAAGCCAUAAUGUCACAACCACAUACACUGAUGAUGUAAGUAUUUUUUCACUUGUUCCAUUGAUUAGGAACUGAGUGACUGUGCAAAGAUGAUCAAAUCAGUGUUUAAAAACCAUUCUGUCACAUCUCAGAACGUUAUCUCAAAGCUUUGUAACAAAAGUGAUGCAGUGGACACAAUUGGUAGAGUUCUUAGUAAAAGGAUAAUGGAUCCAAGAUGGGAAAUAGUAGAUAGUGUCCUUGAACUGCUUGGAGAUUUGGUUUUCAUAGUUUCUGAUUAUUCGUUGGAUUCAGAGUGGCUCCUUCAUCAUUAUCUUGUCUCCUUUACAUGGGAGUUGGUUAUAAACUCCUAUUUAGAAGGUUAUGUGAAAGCUUCUGCUAUUCGUACUCUUGGUCUGAUGUGCUGUAAUGAUACAAUUUGGCAUCACUUGAAGUCAAAAGAUGCCUUGACUGAGGAAGAAGUGGUUACCACAGUAAUAGCUCUAGCUUCCAGUGACCAGGAUGGUUUUGUGAAACGAGCAACGGUUGAAACUGUGGGUUUGUUAGUAACCAAAGAUUUUGGUAAUAUGUACAAUACCUGUAAAUCAAUGGUCUGUUGGUUACUGAGGGCAGCUUGUAAAGAUUUAGAUUGGGAAGUGAAAAUUGGAAGCCUAAAGGUGUGGUGCCAUCUGGUGAAAAAAAACCUUCAGUCUUCAGUUGUUUCUUUUGAAAAUCAGCUUUACUGUCUUUAUACAUAUGGACUAGCAGACUGUUUAGUAGAGGCUCUUGAUGAUCAAGACAGAGUAGUCCAGCAUCAUGCAGCAACUGUUUUGUUAAACAUUCGCCAGAACCUUGAGAGAUCUGGGGUUGAAGUGAUGAAUAAAGGUGACUUUGGGAAAGGAGACAUUAAACAAAACUGUGCUUGCACUGAAAGUACAAGUAAUUACUCCUCCAGCCUUGGAAAAGAAUCCAGUAUCACAACCCAGAUGAUGUUGCACACAGAAUGUAGAGAAACUGCGAUUGAAACUAUUCUAGACAUGGACAGUAUUAGUAGGCUACAUCUGGCAUUAGUAAAGCAAGAAGCACCAACACAGCAAAAUAAACUUUCUCACUAUUUUAGCCAAGUUAAAGUUCAUAGCUCUGAAGUGUUCCAGCCGAGAGUAAGUUGGAAGGAAUUCCUUAAAGUUGUAUGGGCUGAUCAUAUAAACACAGUUUUGUUGGAAACAUCCAAGUCAGCUGAAUUGUAUGCAGACAAUCCAAGCUCUCUACUAGAUGAUAUUCUUGCCGCAGCAUCUCAUAAAGCAGGAACACAAGAGGAUGACCCAGAAGCCAGAGACUGUUACUGAGAUGAAAAAUGUAAUUAUCUGAAGACGAAAUUGGGUGGAUGGAAGCUGAAACUGGCCAACAGGAGAAGAUUGACACUUUAGAAAACGGUUUUCCUGACCCCAACACUGACAUUGGAACAUGGAGAUUGUCGAUAAGCCAUACUUAUUAUCAGACUACACUUAUUUGUAAAGAAGGGGUUCUUUGUUUUAAUUAUUGCACAAGAAAACCAAACAUGUCAAUGAUAGUGUGAUUCUUUUUUUUAAACUGAAAAAUUGGAAAUAUUUUUCUUAUUCUUUUUUUUUUUUUUCUUAUGAGUUGAUUGGAUCGCAGGAAGCAAAUAAACAUUUUAUUUUA